AUGUCGACUCCCGUGAAGCUGUCGACCCCGGUCAAGGGAGAUGCCAAUCCCAAGAAGUCGGAUCUUCCCUUCGGCCUUUCCUUCUCAGAGGCCAGAGUCCUCUUGAUUGGCAUGGCCUGCGCCGCCGAGAAUUCCAAGCCCAACCAUGAGCUUCUUUAUCAACUCGGCGGCUUCAAGAACCCCAACAGUUCCCGCGUGUGCUACAACGCGGCCCGCCGCAAGUUUGAAGACAAGUUCGCUGAGUUUGUCCGUGACCUCGGCAUUGAGCUUCCUGCCGAUCUGCUCAAGCCUCGCAAGGCCAAGCCCAAGACUCCUUCGAAGAAAGGGGAGGCUACUACCGACGAUGAGGACGCCAGCCCUUCGAAGCCGGCUACCAAGGCAUCUGGCAGUCGCAAGACCAAGACUUCUGUGAAGAAAGAAGAGGUUACUACCGACGACGAGGACGUCACUCCUUCGAAUCCUAUCUCUAAGGGCCGUCGUCGCAAGAUUGACUCCGACAGUGAAUACGAGCCAGUGGCCAAGGCCGCUCGUGGCCAGAAUGGCAAGCAGGCGAAGAUCGCUUCGAUCUCCAAUGUCAAGUCUUCCAAGUCCGAGGUCGUUGACAACAUCGCUGCCGAGCAGGCCACUGACAGCUUUGUCGAGGCGGAGGAAGCUGCCCUGACUCAGCUGGCCUCUGCUCCUGGGUAUGGCGAAUCUGCCUUUAACUACCCAGACAACGAGGAGCUCUUUGCGGGAGUUGAAGUCUAA